GAGGAUAUAAUGGAUCAACACUCACAAGCGUUGGUGGAGGCCUUGAUCGUUGCUGUUGAAAAUCCGUCUCAAAUGGAAACUGACGAUUCAGCCCACGAUUCACAGAUGAGGACACACAAUGAAAGCGAAUUCAUCGGCGCCGAUGACGCCCAUUAUCACGGAAAUGACCCACGUGAUUCGAGUGAUUCCGAUUCGCAGUCAGAGUCUGGUCAUUCGGAUGAUGACGAUGAUGAAGCCAACGAUGAUGAUGACGACGACGAUGAUGGGGGUGAAGAGGAAACAGAAGAAGAAGGUGAGGGUGAAGACGAUGCUGAAGAAGAAGAGGAAGAAACAGAAGCCGAAGAAGGCGAAGAGGAAAAUGCUUCUGGUUAUGGCGAAGACAGUGACCGUUAUCCUGAAAUGUUAAGAGAUUUCUUGACUCGUGGAGCUGCUGGAGCUGGAGCCGACGUUGAAGAUACCCUCGUAUUCACUUACCCAGACGCUGAAAACAGCGCCGCCGGUUUGGGCUUCGGUGCAGGACUUGGCCUUGGUAUGUUUUAUUCAAACGCUAGAUAAUACUUUACGUAGAUU